AGCACUCACACUGUUGCUGUUGGCUGUGGCAAAUAUGGCUGCCGACGACCUCCAGCCUGAAGUCGAACAAAUACAACAAGAGGGUCGGUUCCUGGUCGGACUUAAGGCAACGAGAACGUCGCUUUCGCUCGCCUUCUCGACCUCCACUCAGUCGUGUUUCCCACUUACAGCUACCACUACUACGAUAACGGGCGGCCGCCGUCGUCGUCGUUCUGCAGGAAAACGGUUGGGAAAAAAGAUGGCGGAACUACCUGUCAUGGCGGCCGAUGAACUCAUCGGGUCUUUGUUAGAAGACUCCUUACCUAUUCAAGACAGGGACGGGAAGUUCCUGAAACUCUUCCCGGCUUUAACUUUGAAUUAUAUAACUCAGUCAACGACAACUAUCGUUUCUGUAUCAACGACCAUCCUCAAUGACCAGCAGUUCCUUUCCUUCUUCAAUGGUCUCCCGAACGGCGUCUUCACGGCUUGCAUUGCUGGAUGAAAAUGAAGGAAAGGAUGAGGCCUUCGAGGGCGCAGC